CACGAAUGCCUUACUACGCUGUUGCUAGAGGCAACAAAACAGGAGUCUAUACCAGUUGGGACUCUGCCAAAUCCAACGUCUUAAACGUUUCAAACUCAUGCUACAAGAAGUUUAACACGGCUGCUGAAGCCCAAGCCUUUGUAAGCGACAACGGCUCUGGUUCCGGAAGCGGUUCUUCAUACUCUUCGGGAGGCUCGCAAAGUUCAUCUUAUGGAGGAUCUACUUCAUCUUACGGAGGCUCUUCUUCAUCUUAUGGAGGGUAUUCUGGUGGAUACUCCGGUGGCUACUCUGGCGGAUACUCCAGUGGGACCAGUAAGCAAAAUGGUUCUUCUAGCCACUCUAAUGCUUCAUCUAGUAGCAAGCCUGCUACUGGUAAGAUCUACGUGGAUGGUGCAGCUAGAGGUAACGGCCAGGAUAGGCAUGUUGCUGGAGGCUAUGGAGUUUACUACGGUCCAGGACACUCCAAAAACGCCGCUGUAGCCAUGGAUACUGUAGACAAUCAGAAAACUACAAAUCAAAGAGCUGAGUUGCACGCUUUGAAGCAUGCUCUUAAUGACAUUGCCAACGAUGACCUGUCGAAUACUAAGUACAGUAUUCACUCAGACUCCAAAUAUGCUAUCAACAGUGUAUCUGAAUGGUCCAAGGGCUGGAACGAAAACAACUGGACUAACUCUAAGGGCCAACCUGUAGCAAAUAGAGAUAUCAUCGAGAGUUGUCUUCCAAUUCUCGACAAGGUUAAUGACAAGUAUUCUGAAAAAGGCUGGGGUAAAGUCGAGUUCCACCAUGUCAAGGGUCAUGCGGGAGACCCUGGUAACGAAGCAGCCGACAGAUUAGCAAACGAAGGUGCAAAUCAGAUGGAGUCUAGAUACCGAUAA